UAUUUUCACGCUUUUUCCACUGUAUACCGUACAUGACAUAAGUUAUGAGAACCGUAUUGGGCGUCUGAGUGCACAGCAAAACGCACAACAGACAUUUACACGAUAAGUAUUCUCACAUCCUUACCGUAUUGUGCGUUGGAAAAAAUUCUCAGCAAAGAAGAUAAAAAAAAACGCACACACAACACACAAACGAAAAGUUGGACUCGACAGGAGAACACCAUAAAAGGAAUAUGUAUUAAUUACCAUAAGCCAUGUAAAACAGGAUGGAGAAGUGUGCCACGAAAAGUUCAAUUAAUUUUACAGAAGAAUUUGCGUAACCUUGAAUUUAUUUUCUAAGAGUGCUCUUGGUGUGUUUGUUUUGUGCAUUGAAGUUUAGGUAAACAGUGGCAAUUGUGGCGAAGCGAUUUUCUUUGCCUCACAUCGGUUGGUUUUCCAUCGAAAGUGGCAUCAUUGCACAUUCCGACAAUAUGUCGUCCGGACAAACAGACAACAUGGACUUUAAAGAGCGGCUGAUUGCUGCUGUGAAAAAAGAGGUAAAGCAAGUAAUGGAAGAGGCAGUCACUCGGAAAUUUAUCCAUGAAGAGUCCGGCUCAGUUACUUCUCUUUGUGCAGCCGUUGAGGCAUGUCUUCGACAAGGACUCCGACGUCGAGCAUUAGGUUUAUUCAAGACUUCAUCAACCACGGCUCUACUGCAUAAAGUGGGCAAACAUUGUGAAGAAGCAGCAUUUAUAAGUCAAAUGAUACAAGACAUCGAAAACAGUGAUCCAACCAAGCGAUCGUCAUCGAGUGGUGAUAGUACAAGUAAACCUCCUAUCCUUAAGAAAAAUAGCACGAAUUCUAUGUCAACUACAAGUCCUCCGACCACCACUGUCAAAUAUCUGUGGAUUCGAUUAGCUUUGUACGAAAAGAAAUUGUCCCGAAUUAUUGACCAUUUGGUGUCGAAUGCCACGCGAUACUACGAUCGUGAUUCUUUGGUCGCAGAUCCAGAUUAUGGUUCAAUACUUAGUUCGUUGUUGGUGGGGCCAUGCGCUUUGGAUUAUUCACGUACUAAGACCAUCGAUCACUUCUGGUCGGAUCCACCAGCCGAUGAGUUGGUGCAGCGACAUCGAAUCAGUUCUGGACAUCCUACGCCACCAACUGUUCGACGUCCCAUAUUCAAUUUUAAACGUAGCCUAAACACUAGUUCGGAAGAUGGAAGUGGUAGCACUGGAUCAUUCAAGUCCAACAGUUCGGUGUCGGUGGCCAAGGACUACGUUGAGUCGUUGCAUCAGAAUUCCCGCGAAACAUUGCUGUAUGGGAAGAAUAACGUAUUUGUGUUGCCAAAAGAUGUCAGUGAACCAAUGCCGGGAUAUUUGACCUUGCAUCAAACUGCUCACUCCUUAAAUAUCAAAUGGACGCCGAAUCAGUUAAUGAACCGAAAUUCGGAAAACGAUGUCACGGAUAAAAGCUCAUAUUGGGCAUACUUUAUGACCAUAAAUGUCGAUGACAUCGUUUACGUCCAUUGUCAUCAAGCCGGUGGCCAACAGACCGGUGGCACUGUUAUCUUAGUUGAACAAGAUGGUGUUCAGAGACCACCGAUUCAUUUUCCUGAAGGAGGGCACAUGGCACAGUUUUUGGGAUGCUUAGAAACGGGUCUUCUUCCUCACGGACAGCUCGAUCCGCCACUGUGGUCGCAACGCGGCAUUGGAAAAAAGUUUCCAUGGCCGCCGAAAGGAAGGCGACGCAUUGUUCAGCCAUCCGUACCGGAAGGUGGCGAAGAGCUUCCGACCGAUUAUGUCUUUCGUAUCGUAAAUAAAACAAACCACAAAGAAUUCCGUGAGUUCCUUUCUUUGUUCCAAGUGAAUGAGCUAAGGAAUAAAUUGAAUUCAGUUGCAAGCCAUCCAAUAUUGGAAAUGGGACGAACUAGUCCACGGCGAAAUCAAUUAAGUAGUUGUUCAACUAACGAUAGUAGUGACUGCUCAAAUAAAAGCAUUUCAUUGGAUAUACCUGCGGAGAGCACACAGCUUGUACAAGCCAAUCAGACUGCUAGUAUCGCACUUGUUUGUUCCACAAUGAAGAGACAAAUAAUCUCGAGAGCAUUUUACGGAUGGCUAGCGUACUGCCGACAUCUAUCUACGGUUCGAACCCAUUUAUCGGGCCUGGUACAUGGACGGAUAACACCUGAAGUUGACACCGAGGAUGGUUUGACGAAAGAUAAAUGGGAAUCGUUACACUCGGAAGAUGGUGUGGUUUCCGACGAUGACGAGGUGUAUCGCCUGGUCUAUUUUGGAGGAGUACAGCACGAAAUUCGGAAGGAGGUUUGGCCUUAUUUGUUGGGCCAUUACAGCUUCGGCUCAACGGCUGAAGAACGAAGUGAAGUCGAUGAAACCACUCGACAAUGCUAUGAACAGAAAGUUGGUGCGUGGCUAGCUGUCGAAGCUAUUGUCCAGCAGCUAAAUAAAGAGAAAACUGCUCAAGCUGUUGCUAAGUUAAGUUCGGAGAGUGGGAGUGAUCACAAACACAAAUUGGUUGACAUGGAAAUGGACAUAGACAACGAUGUGUUCGAAGAGAACGGCUUUUCAGAUCUAUCCGAUCCAGAAGAUUUUGGCGAUGGGACUGGUGAUGGUGAAAAUGGUGAGAAUGCCGAACCACCGAAGCCCAGCCGAGUAAACAAAAGCAGCACCGAUUCGGGUAAUGUGCCCGAUGCAGAUGUCAAGUGUGAAGAUGUUGCAGCCGAUGAAGAUAAAGCCGAAUCCGUUACGGCAGCAUCAGAACUAAGUCUACCGAUUGAAGAAACCGAACCAAAUGCCGUCGAUAGUAAUAAAAGUUCACCAUCCACAUCGUCCUACGAAACUGUGGCCAAUGAUUUCGGUGAUAUGGAACAGUUUUCGGAACUUCCUGGCGAAUCGUCCGAUCAGAUGCAUUCCAGUUCACAUCACGCAUUUAUCAUAACAAAUGCUUCAAUCGACAUUGCAAACAUUAGCGAUGAGGUCGCGUGUGAAAAUGCCAAUUCGGAUGAGGGGUUGCCUCCGUUGACAGAAGUCAGUGCUACGUUGGAAGCUGAAACGUUGCAAGAGCCAAAGUCUGCUUGUGUUUCGCCGGCGAGUUCAAGUGGCGGUGUUUAUAGUUGCAAGCUUUUGGAAGCAUUCGGAUUGAACUUACAUCGAAUAGAAAAAGACGUACAAAGAUGUGAUAGGAACUACUGGUACUUUGCCAAUGAAAAUUUGGACAAACUUCGAAACGUUAUAUGCACCUACGUAUGGGAACAUCUGGACAUCGGAUAUAUGCAAGGAAUGUGCGACCUUGUCGCUCCACUGUUAGUUAUAUUCGACGAUGAAUCGCUCAGUUAUGGCUGCUUUUGUCAGUUAAUGGAACGGAUGAUUGAAAAUUUCCCGAACGGAAACGCAAUGGAUAUGCACUUUGCAAACAUGAGGUCGCUCAUUCAAAUAUUGGAUUCGGAAAUGUAUGAUCUGAUGGACGCUCAUGGCGACUAUUCGCACUUUUAUUUCUGUUAUCGAUGGUUUCUAUUGGAUUUCAAACGAGAACUUAUUUACGCAGACGUUUUUUCCACAUGGGAAGUUAUAUGGGCUGCAAAACAUGUUGCCUCAGCGCAUUUUGUUCUGUUUUUGGCAUUGGCUCUUUUAGAAACGUACAGGGAUAUCAUUUUAUCUAACAGUAUGGACUUUACCGAUGUGAUAAAAUUCUUCAAUGAAAUGGCUGAACGCCACAAUACGCAAUCAGUACUGAAACUGUCCAGAAGUCUUGUGCUACAACUGCAGACCAUUAUCGAAAAUAAAUAAAUAAAUGAAAAUUAUACCUAAAUAAAUUGAAAUUUAACCAUUCGUAUGUUCGUAUGGUGCAAUGAAUGGUGAAUAGUAAAACGAUAUAAAAAAAAAAAUAAAAAAAAAAUUUAAUGGAACCUGUAGCAUUUAAGGACCUAUUAAAAUUAUUCCAGAUUAUAAUAUAUCCUAUAGAUAUUCAUCAUGUUUAUCUACAUCUACACAUAUACCAAAAAACCAUUACCAUUUUGUGAUAAAAUUGUUUUAAAUUUAAAUAAAAAAAAAAAAAAAUAUUUAAUCUAAUAUCCAAACCAAAACAACCAAUCAACUCAAUCAUAUUGAAUGUUUUAACCGUAAUGUUCUCCAAUUCAUGUUUGAUUACAAAAAUGAUCCAUUGUAAUGAUCAAAUUA